CCGAGCCCGCGCUCCGGCGGGCGGCCCCGAGUCCCGUCCCGGGCGGCGGACUCCCUGCCCGCGCCACCGCGGGGACUCGGCCGUGCGGCGCUGCCCGUAGCCGCCCCGCGGUCCCAGCCCCACGCUCCUACCUUCCCCGCCCGGGCGUCAUCCUCCGCCUGAAUCUCAAAGUCGCCGUCCUCCGAGUCGCUGUCGCGGGCCUGGGAGGCCGCGCCCCGGCGCUUCCGGAGCCCCUUCUUCUUCCUCCACUGGGCCAUGGCAGCUGGCGACCGAGGUCCGGCCGCCGGGCGCUUGCCGGCCGCCAUGCGGGCCGGGCGCUCCAAACCCGGAAGUGGGCGGAGCCUGCGGGACGUACCAACUGCGGGGGCGGGGGGGGGCGCCGCGUGCACGCGGCUUCUGCGGCGCGCCCGGCGCUCCGGCCGCCCCGGGGCCCGUGCGCACGCCCCCGGCUGCGCGCGCGACCCGCCGCGUGGCCCAGGGGGACGCGGCGGCGGCAGGAACUGGGUACUCCCCGCGGGCGCCUGUGGUCCGCGCCGCGUCGGCCCAGCUGCUCGCUGGUUGCUGUUGGCGGGAUGCGCGCGCCGAGCACGCGUCGCUAGGGACCCUGCUGCCCCAGCGAGUCGCAGGGCGCGUGGUGUCGGGGCGACCCGAGCUACCCUGGGUCCCGAGCCCCGGGCAUUCCAGGCUGCAGAUUGGGCGCUUGGAUGCGGUGCGCGCUGCGGGUGCCCGUGCACCCCCGUCCCCGCGCCGAGGGGUCCAGACCUGGCGCGAAGGAGGCGCGGGAAGGGGGUCCUGAAGGUUGUACCCGACGUCCGCAAGCCAAGAUGCUCAGCUCUAUAGGCAUGACCUCCAUGUGUGACUUCACCUUUUGAAGCCUCUGAUUUGUGAUCUGUAAAAUGGAUAUAAUCAAAGCUACUUCCCGGGGCUGUUGAGAGGAUUAAAUGAGACCAUGCUUGUAAAGCUCUUUGCACGAGAGAGCCCGGGAGGCAGGGCCUGUCGGGCAGAGCGAACCUGCUGUCACCCAGGACCCCGGGCAGCAUGAAGACCCCCGUGGAGCUGGCCAUCAGUGGGAUGCAGACCCUCCACCUUCAGCACCGCUGCCGGGGUGGCUACCGGGUCAAGGCCAAGGCGUCCUACGUGGAUGAGACUCUGUUUGGCAGCCCUGUGGGCACCAAGCCCCCUGCACCAGACUUUGACCCACCCUGGGUGCAGAAACCUGACCGAACCAGAGGAGUGGGCACCGGGACAUCGCCAUCGCAGGCCUCGCUGUCCAAGGGGAGUUGCGAGACCACCCCCUCUAGAGGCAGCACCCCGACCCUGACACCAAAGAAGAAGAACAAAUACAGACUCGUCAGCCGCUCCCCGUCCUACUGUGACGAGUCGCUGUUCGGCUCCCGACCCCAGGGCACCAGCUGGGAGGCCGCUGGGAUGGCCAAGGGGGAUGCCGCCAAGCUCCGGGCCCUCUUCUGGACGCCGCCGGCCACCCCCAGGGGCGACCCCUCCCCCCGCCCCAGGGAGACCCCGCUGCGAGCCAUUCAUCCCGCCGGCCCCACCAAGUCGGGGUCCCAGGCAGCUGCGGACGCCUGUGAGCUGCCCGCGGGUGGCGCAGGGACCCCUGCCCCUCCCAGGCGGGGGCGCUCCCAGUCCCUCACCCACCUGAACACCCCCAGCACUGGCUGCCCAGCCCGCACAAAUGGACCUCCGGCCCCCAGGCCCUCCACGUCCGGGGUGACCUUCCGGAGCCCCCUGGUGACUCCCAGGGCCCGCUCAGUCAGUGCUUCCGUGCCAACCACGCCCCGCCAAAGUGGGGCCACCCAGAAACCAAAGCCGCCUUGGAAGUGAGGUUCCUUCGCCAGAGCUGCCCAGGGGUUCGCAGGCCCUGGUGGGGGUCCCCUGGGAGACCAGCCUUACCUGGGCAUCUGCAGGCAUUGGAGAAGCCCCCUUCACCCUGACGAUCUGUUGUUCUCUGCCUUUUCCCCUGAUGGGCACGGGCACCACCCUUGAGAUAUCCCUCUGGCCGUGUCUUAACCACUUGAAUCAGUGCCAACCCAGGCCCUGCCACCUCCCCCGCCUUCCCGCCAAGAGCAGAUUGCCUGCUGGGAGGUUCCUUCCCCCUCAGGCUGAGCCUUCUGCUGAGGAUUCAGUCUCUAUGGAGUCUGGAGGCCACAGAGCUGUUUUCCAGGGCUGUGUGUGACUGGGGGCACCCAAGGGCAUCUGGGUACUUCGUGGGUGGACGUUUUUAUUUAAACGUUCGUGUAUUUAUUUCUGUCAGUGACUCGUCAAGGCCUUGCGCGGCACUUGCUUCUUCCCCUCUUAGGUAAAGGCCGUUGUUAGACCUGACUUGAUUUAAAUAAAAGUUAAUUAUGACA